AUCUAGUUGGCUUCACGUUCGCGCAGAGCGCAUCGCAUUCGUCUUUUCUUUUAUCUAAUUUCGCUAAAUUCAAAUGUCUGUCCCACCUGGAUCCAUAAUUGUGUCGGACUGGCACCGAUUUCCAGACAGCAGAGAGUUUUUCAGCAGAAUACUGCAUAAUAAGAAACGAAGAAAGUUUGGGCUGUUAGAAGCACCAAUGAUGCCUCCUCAUAUGAAUGUGGACAUCGUUCGCUACAAGGUCUUCAUCUCAGGGAAGACUGGAGUCGGGAAAAGCGCUCUUGCUGCCCGUCUCGCUGGCCUCGAUUUCCCCAAAAUGCACUAUGAGACCACAGGCAUAGAGACAACAGUGGUCUUCUGGCCUGUAAGACUGAAGGAGAGUGGUCGAGUGCUGUUUUUCCGCUUUGAGCUUUGGGAUUGUGGGGAAAGUGCAAUACGAAGAUUUGACCACAUGUUACCGUCCUGUAAGGAACAGGUGGAUGCAAUCCUUUUCCUGUUCUCCUUCACUGAUCGUGGCUCCUUUGAUGAUCUUUCAAAUCAGAUAACACGGAUCACAGAAUCUUCAGAUCGAGUGGUUAAACUGGUCGUUGGCACCAAAUUUGACUUAUUUAUGCACACAGACGUGACAGAAAGCGACGUAACACAUUUUCAAGAAGUCUGGGGUCUUCCGAUCUUCAGAGUGGGAGGUGAUGUGAGUGCGGGGCUUGGUGAAAUAGCACCCCUCCUAAAUGCCCUUGCAGAAAACCUGUGGCACCAAGACUGUAUGGCUGCUUCAUCUGUGUCCAUCUCCACACCGGCUGCUCUCAGAGAAACGGACUCAGAGAUUAUUGUAUAGCUUUAGCUUGUAUGUAUAUUGUGGGUCAGUCUAACAUGGAUUGGGCAAUACAAUUUAUAGAUGGAAUAUGCUGCUCUGGAAACACUCUGAAUACCACUUACUUGAAGUAGUUUUCGGUUUCUAAUGCCUAAAUCAUUUUCUUAGUCAUUUCUGUCAGUGACAAAUAUCUGAGUCAAUAAAUGGUGAACAAAAAUAUAAAAAUGAGUUUGCUUGUAGUUUGAAGACAGUUGCAACAAGAAACAUUGUUAUAUGCAUAUGUUCAUCAACCUCAGAUUAUAUAUUCACAUUUAAUCAUUUAGCAGACGCUUUUAUCCAAAGCAACUAAAAAAUGAGAACAACAGAAGCAAUCAAACCAACGAGAGAACAACAGUAUACAAGUGCCAUGACAAGUCUCAGUUAGUCUAGGACAAUAUAUAGAAGUCAGAAACCUUAUUCAAAUAGAAAAUACAAAUUUUAACAUUUGUUUUUGUUUAAAAAUCCAAAGGAUGACAUUUAAAGUA